GGUCACUGUUUGCUUGGUGCUAAGCACGAUGUUGGGGAAAGAACAAGGCAAGAGCCGGCGGUCCGAAUUCCAGUGCAUGGCAUUGGUUGAUCUGGAUCUGUGGAGCAGUUGAUCUGCCGAUCGCCAAUCUCGCGUGGCCAAUGUACUGCCAGUUCAGCUCCGAGUCCUUCGCAGACGGCAUCCACCAACUUUGUACCUUUCUCCUCAUAUUUACUGCACACUGUUGCAGAUAAAAUCUGGCUGACAGUAUGUCUCCGAAAACACCGGCAUUAGGCAGUCUCGCAGUUCAAGCACCAUCAUUGACACCACAGACCGUGCAUGUUUCUCCGUCAACAUGUCAUGACCUAUCCCUUUUCAAAGAUCUCAUGAAGGAGUACAGAAAACUUGAUGACAGCAUCACGAUGCGCUUGAAUCGUACUACGGCACAGUUCAGGGAUAGGGAUAGGUUAGGCUUGGGUGGGAAGGAAACCAUACAGGACCAAGCUUGUGCGUACAUGUGGAAGGAGCUCGUGGAGAAUUGGAAGCGUCGUACGGAGAUCAUUGAGUAUUGCGUUGGAGUCGUGGACAAAUCCAUGGAAGAAAAGAAACUCACUCUACAACAAGAGUCUACUGUUCCUGCCGUUCAACGACAGAUACAAGGCGCCCUAUAUGCCGAAGAGGUGAAGCGGAACAUGAUCCAUAAUGAACUUACAGUGGAACAAAUCGUGCGCAACAGAUCGUUGGACGCGUUCCGGUCUAGGUGUAAGUAUUUUGAGCCUCCGAUGACGGAUGCUGAGGCACGGAAAUGGUGGGAUCGAGCACAGAGUGGUCACUAGCGUAUGGUCAAUGUUCUAUACUAAUUUUAAUUAUCCUCAUUGCCUCACAAUUGAUACCAGCUGUCACCACUCCACUUCACGGUCAAUGUUGGUGGUGCCACUGCCGCGCUCUCGUCUCGCCCUCGUCUCACCUCAGACUGUAUGUGACAAAGCCGCAUCUGCCCGUAAAAGCGAUCAUCACGCAUGCUCAAUGUACAUAGUGUACUGGAUAGGUACAGCUCUACGCGCGUCCUCUCUUGCUACACGGCACCUCGGUCAAUGCAGAUGUAGAUCAUAUACAACCCGAAGCUGCAAUAGCAUUUAGUAGCAGUUGAGAUGGGUCACCGCAAUUAUGUCUCAGUCAUUCUGUGUUUAGUUGUUUGUCUUUCUUCCGCAUCGAAUUCUGAGUAAUUGAUGUUUAUGAGCUGGAAUGAGUUCUCGACAUCGUAAACUUACUGUACUUUACCGCGCAUUAUUCUGAGCGCCCACCCAUACUUUCGCGUGUGACGCAAUGAAGCCAACGUAUUGCU